GCCACUGCGCAUGUCCGAGCAUUAUUCAACAAACAUGGCGGCAUCCUACGUGACAGCAGUCUGGAAGGCACUUUCAGCUGUGCACCGUGUUCCCGCUCGGUGGCUGCUGAGGUGCCGAGCCCCGGCAGUGAGUCCCCGUGUGCGGCUUCACGGCUCCGCUGCUGCCGCCCUGUGCAGCUCCAGGACGGAACCACUGAGGAGCAGCCAGCCGCACGGCGCAGCCGGCCGGAGAGCCGACGAGGAGGAGGAGGAGGAAGAGGAGGGUCCUGCAUACAUCCCCAAGAAAAAGGCCAAGAACCCCAUGGUGAUGCUCGGCUAUGCCUGGAUGAUAGGCCUCCCCGCGGGUGUCAUCGGCUUCCUCCUGACCAAGAGGGAAGUGGACAAGAACCGGCUGAAGCAGCUGAAGGUCCGACAGAGGAUGAGUCGGUCCAAUCAGGGGGAAUACGAAGGGAGUCGCUACCAGCACCAUCGCGCGGAGGACGUCAAGCUGGACCGCUGAUGGACGAGACGUGACUCCUCUGAACUAAAGGCCUAAAGACUGAUUACAGAAGAGAUGUCGACUUCAUGAGCUCGAGUAAAGAAACUAUUCUUCCAGAGGCAGAUGCAGGAAAUCUCUAAAGGUUUGCGCUUGAGGACGAACCUUUAAUCAGAAUGAUUUUGUUUUUUUCUUGCUCAAGAUGGAAAGUUGAACUUUGAAUUUGGAGAACGACCCCUUGUUUAUCAGCCGUGAUGCCAGUGAUAAAUAUAACGGAAAUAAAUGUAUCUUUGUAUAUUUGUGAAUACAUAAACGGGAAGUGUCAAUGAUACAAAUGCAUGCAAACUACAUCAAAGCUCACAAGUGCAAAUGUUUGUUUUUUAUAUUAAAAGGCAAACAAGA